AAAAAUUAGGGGAGAUUAUAAUGCCUUGAAUCCUACAUUGGUGGUAAAUUAUGAGUGAGUAACUACAGACUUUAGCCCUUUCAAGAUCUAUGUUAGGGGUUGUGAAUCCAUGAUUUGGCAUAAUGGUUUUAUUAGGUGCUACAUGCAAAAAGAAAUUGGAAAAUUCAAGAAGAAGAAAGAAGGGACUCAAUUGAAGAAAUUAAAACCCACGCCCUGCGCCUCACGCCCUGUGCCCUACUGCACCCGUGCCCUACUGCACCCGUGCCUGCGCCCUAUUGCACCUGCGCCUGUGCCUGCGCCCUACUGCACCUGUGCCUGCGCCUACGCCUUGUUGAGCCCGCGCCCUGCUGCACUCGAGCCUGCUCUGCCAGAGGCCUGCACAAGAAAAAAAAAAAAAAAAAGAGCCUUCGGUCCUUACUUUUUCCCUGUAGAAACCAGUAGCUUGUGGAGAGGCUAAAAGGUUCAAAUUUUGGCAUUUUGGGAAUCAACGGUGGAGAAGAAAAAAGGAGGAUCGGAAGGCUAGGAAGAGGAGGGUUUUUGCCUUUGCUUUUAUGGGGUAUAAAUAGAGGGUUUUAGGUUAGAAAGGGGGGGUUUUUUCUUUGGUUUGAGCUUGGUGCUGACGGCGGUUGAAAGGGAAGCUAAUUUCUCUGUGUUUGCUUCUACUUUAGGUAAUUUCUGAACAAGGGAGCCUUCUGGGAAUGGUGGUGAAGGGGACGAUGGGAGCCUGGUCCCGUGGGUGGGAUCCCUCCCAUCAGAUUUGGAUCCAUCUUACCCAAAAAGCUCUGCCGUGGGUGUUUUUCUUAUUUUGGUGAAUGUUUCUGCAUCUUUUUGUUUAAUGUUCAAGCUUGUACAUGUUCCGUUUGAAAUUGAAUGAAAAAUCAAAAAAGAAAAUUUGUUCAGUUCA